GCGAAAGGUUCAGGCUGUGUUUGUGUACUCUAGCUGCUUUUAUUUUUACUUUCUGUGUUUUUCCUCUACUUGUACUUUUUGUUUUUCGCACUCAUUACCACCUCGUCGCGACAUUCAUUGAGCUUGUUCUCGACUCCUCACAUGCUAGUGCCUUGUAGUCCCCACCGUUGUUUUUUGUUUAUUAACUUCCCAUCUUACGUUGAAUAUUUCACCUGCACCUUUUCCCGGUGCUCUGUGGUCGUCCCAAGGAGGCCGCGCAUUGCCAAAAGACAAACGCUUCGGAGCAGUAGCUGCAAAAAAAAUGUCCAUCCUCAAACACAUCGACAUUCUAAAGCAGGAGUGGCGCAUCGUGCUUGCCUCCAGCUCGCCGCGACGCAAGGAAAUCUUGGGCGAGCUGCAGCUCCCCUUCGAAGUGAUCACUUCCGCGGUUGAGAACAACAUGUCCGAGGAGGAGCGAAAAACCCUCCGCAACCUCGGUGCGGAGAAAUACACGGUGGAGCUGGCAAGGCGGAAGUGCCUUGCCGUCACGGGGAAGGUUCUCACAACGCCCUUGAGGAGUGAGGACGACAGGAGAAAGCACGUGCUCGUGAUCGCUUCAGACACCUGCAUCGAACAGGAUAUAAUAGAAGAGGACACAGGCGAUGGUUCCUGUGUACCCGAAGAUUAUGAUGAAGCUGCACUUCCACAUGACAAGGGAAAAGCAAAACAACGAAAAGCAGGACAAGAUGAAGAUGGUGCAGAUGUUCUUGAACCUCCAGUCGACCCCGAUGCGCACGACAGCACAAGGACAACUGAAAGACAAACAGACCAGAAAACGUCGAAAGCUGUAGAAGACGCAGCUGCUCCUGGAGCUGGAGCAACAGGGAACACAUUAAAAAUUCCGCCAAGCCUAUCUCAGAACAGGACACCAACAAGAAUCCUGGACAAGCCAGCAAAUCCCGACGACGCGGUUCGAACUUUGAAGACAUUACGUGGAAAAUCCCAUCGGGUCGUCACGGGGGUGGCGCUGUGCUGGAUUUUCGCGAAUAACCCCCACAACCCGGAUUCGAAGGACGUCACUGUGCGAGACCUCUUUGCGGAGACUACGAUUGUGAAAUUCAGAAACCUCAGUGAUCUUGCAAUAGAGCGGUACGUUGCCACCGGGGAACCCUUGGACAAAGCCGGGUCGUAUGGUAUUCAGGGACUUGGUGGCUUGCUCGUGGAAGGCAUACAAGGUUGCCAUCGGAACGUGAUUGGCUUCCCACUGAGUGCAAUUUCGGAAAAAAUUGCGGGGAGAUUGGAUGAAUAUACGGAGGGGAGGCUCAAAAUGCAGUUCAACGUGGACGUGAGACAGCCUGCUGGAGCUUCUUCGUUCUCCGACGCCGCCGCAGCCUACUAGUUCUUCGACAAUCAACUAAAACUAUGCUUAUCUUCCCCGAUGUGUGAUCAUGCAAGCGACGUCAGCCUGGUUCAAUGUUUGAUAUAUGAUUUUGAUCGCUGCCUACACCCAGUGUAAGUGAAGCAAGCGCGAGCAAUAAAA